GAUCGUUUGAAUGAAACACUUGUCGUAGACAUGAACAAGCUUAUAAACAUUUCAAAACGUGCUGUCUAACGUCGUGGCAUGAAGUCUCUUCUCUCCUCGAUGUUUUAACAGUGAAAGUUAUCCAGUAAUCUGUGACAGUGAACUUGACCUCAGUGUUGAUAAAGUGCCUCAGGCGCUGACCAGAUUCCACGCGCACCUGUCGACGCGACUCAAAACAAACCAGCCGCGCGAGACUCUGGAGACCGUCAUGGAAUAGUUUAAAUCCCCUUUUCAACACUUCAAACUUUAGAUUUUGUCUCAUGAGAUACUGGAAAAUGAUCUCUUUCAGGACCCUACGACUGACUAAUGUCGGAGUUAUUGGCUUACUGGCGAAAGACAUCGCAAGAAGCAGCUCAGCGUGUCAGAAUGCGUCGCGAAGGUCGUUCAGUUUCUCUUCGCGGAUUCACGCGAGUCAAGAAUUUAUCGCUCCUGCAUCCGCGGAUCAACCUAAAUCGAAAAAACAAGAGACCAAUAAAGGUCUGUUCUCUGGACUAGAGGACAUGCUUUUCUACACUAUAACUGAAGGAGCAGAGAAAGUUCCUGUGUCUCAUUUCAUUGCUGCAGUAAAAAGCACCGGCCUUCUGACCUCUGACCCCAGAUUGCGUGACUGCAUGGAAAAGAUUCGCAAAGCUGUCCAGGAAUCAGCCGGUGAAGUCAUGAUGGACCGUGAGCUGUUCCGAAAGUGUGUGGGUGGCAACAUAGUUCUGCUGAGUCUCGCUUUCAGAGGGAAGUUUAUCAUUCCAGAAUUUGAGGCAUUUGUGGGUGUCAUAAAUGAUAUUUACUACACAUCAAAACUGCAACAUGAUGGACAGGUUGCAAAAUACAUUCCCCAUCUGACCAAGUUUAGUCCUGAUCUUUGGGGUGUUUCUCUCUGCACAGUGGAUGGACAAAGGCACUCAGUGGGAGACACAAAGGUGCCGUUCUGCUUGCAGUCAUGCGUAAAGCCGCUUGAAUACGCCAUCGCUGUACACGAACACGGCACGGAGGGUGUUCACCACUACGUCGGGAAGGAGCCCAGCGGAUUCAAAUUCAACAAACUCUCCUUAGAUGAAGAAAAUAAACCUCACAAUCCCAUGGUCAAUGCUGGAGCAAUUGUCAUCAGUUCACUUAUCAAGCCAGGUGUCAACAAGGCCGAGAAGUUUGACUAUGUAAGUUAUAACCUGUUGAAUGUAGCCAUUUAAAAAAAAAAAAAGAAGAUAAAUCAACCUUAAUGUUGUUCCGAACUUCUAUGAUUAUUUAUCCCUUUAA